AUGGAGAUAAGAGCAUGCGUCGUAGACGAGCCAGGAAUAAAGCCAUACUGGUUAGGAUCAAUGGAUKAUARCAAGGWUGGUUUAAGAGACUUUUYAAUGAGAAACGAUUUAGCAAUCUUGGAMAACGUGGAUGCAAAAGUCAAUAUUGCUUGUCCCAGCACUCGUACAAUUCGAAGGCRCAUAGAAGACAAUGGACUAUCUAAAGAGACUGAUAUACAGAAAAAAGCACUUGAAGAAGCAAGUAAAUCUAACCCCCAAGGAAGAUGGUGGAUAAAAGCAGAUGCUACAGACAUGAGGAAAGGAUUGAGAGAGUCGAUGAGCAACAAGUGGUCUGGUGAUUGUGACUUAGGAGAUGGUGCCCUUCAGAAGAGUAUAAAAGAAUAUCAAAGUWGACUUGACUCCAUUGAUUCUAUUGGACAAGAUUCAGAACAAAUACCAGAGURUCUAGGAAAAGAGCAGUCACUUAUUACAAAGGAUAAGGAAUUUCUAUCCAGAGGAUUGAAACAAGCAGAGCUUGUCAUUGAAAAAGCAAGCAAAAAGAAAAAAAGAGCACACAUGACGAGUCCUUGUGUGCACUUCAUUGGGAUGUAAAAGAGUAUGAACACUUGUUGGAUGUAAAUCAAUCCCUUUUCAACUUGUCAUCAGUGAUAUUGGAAGAUAUAAAAUCGACUAAAUACCAAUGGAUCACAGAGCUUGAAGAAUGRAAGUCCUCAAUGAAGAAGUACCUUAAAGAUAUAUACAUGAAAAAAAGAGAAGUGGCAUCACACUUAAUGAUCUUCAUGAUUGCAGAUGAAAUGAGAAAUAUGAAACCAUAUGCAAUUCCUGUUAGAGUACUCCCAUACAAGAGUAUCACUGAUAGUYUUCUGAGGCAACUUCGAGAUGAAGUAAGGGACAUCAU